AUGGAUACGGAUGUUCAUGAAUGGGCGUGCGUCUUGCUGAUAACUCUGGGUCUUCUCGUUGCAACGGUGGUGACCGUUCAACUUUUGUACCAGACGUACGUAUGGCGGUCCCGUUUCAGGAAGAUGAAAGCCCAAGGGAUUCCUAUCAUGGAAGGUCAUUCCUGGAUCCUUGGUCAUUUGCUCGUCAUGGGAAAAUUGCGGCAGGGACUUCCUCGGAGAGCCCACCCAAACUACCUGAGCAAAGCAAUCAUCGAGAACUAUAAGACUCUCUUCCCCGGUGAGACACAUUGUCCACCAAUGGUGUACAUCGACUUUUGGCCAGUAGAGGCCCCCACGGCUCUGAUGUUGCAUCCAGAUGUGUCCAAGCAAUGCACCCAAGAGAAAAACUAUCCUCGAUUUCCCAACGUCAAGAACUACAUGCAAGCCCUGACCGGAGCCAAAGAUUUGAUAUCAUCUGAUGGUGAAGAAUGGCGCCUAUGGAGAUCUCGGCUGAAUCCGGGCUUCAGCGCAAGGAAUGUUAUGUCGCUGAUACCGGCUAUGUUGGAGGAAGCCACGAUAUUCGUAGAAAACCUGCAGAGGCUCGCGGGCAAGGAUGGCCAAUGGGGAGACGUCUUUCAGCUACAAGAUGUCACUACAGACUUGACCCUAGACAUUAUUGGACGAGCAACCUUGGAUAUUCGCUUCAACGAACAGACGCGGGGGCCUGGUCCUGUGAAAACAGCGCUUGUUGAUACGAUUUCCCACAUGUAUGUCAGGAAUAUGCGAACAUUCCUCAGAUGGAGCAGUCCCUGGCGACACUAUGCACUUUGGCGCAACAAUCGGAUUAUGCGGUCAGCUCUUGAACUAUAUGUCAGAGAACAGAUCAGGGCAGACACGCACAAAAAGACGGUUGUCAACCUUGUUUUGAAAGUCACGAAAGUUGAACAGGAAGGGAACCGGAACCUCUCCGUGGAUUCAAAAUUUAUUGACGGAGUUAUCAACCAACUCAAACUAUUUCUUUUCGCUGGACACGACACAACCGCCACAACUAUAUGCUGGUGUUUUCACAACCUCGAGAAGUACCCGGUUGCUUUACAGAAGCUCCGCAAAGAACACAAUACCGUUCUCGGGGAGCAACCAAACCCGGAGGCUAUUGCAGAUGUACUACACUCCUCGCCUCAUCUGCUCAACUCACUGCCAUAUACAUUGGCAGUGGUGAAGGAGACGCUGCGGUUGUAUCCCGGUCCCGGAACAGUUCGCCUUGGUUUACCAGGGUGGACCAUGUCGGAACCUAACGCACGCCGAACUCUUCCUACGGACGGCUUGAUGCUAUGGGAUGGUAUUCUUGGGAUUCACACUCAUCCUGACCUCUGGCCACACCCGAAAGAAUUUAUCCCUGAACGUUGGCUAGUACCGGAAGCUGACCCCCUAUAUCCACCAAAGCAUGGCUGGCGUCCCUUCUCGCAGGGAAUAAUGAAUUGUAUUGGUCAAGAACUAGCAAUGAUGGAGAUGAAAAUCGUACUAGCGCUUUCUGUCCGCCAGGUUGACGUGAGAUCCGCCUGGGAUGAGUGGGAUGCUAAACUUGGAGGAAACGCUGUAAAAGACACUUACGAAGGAGAUCGAGCAUAUCAAACGGCACUAGGGACACCGCAAGUCAAGGAUAGGAUGCCGGUGCGGGUAAGGGUCCGUCAGUGA